CCCCUGAUCCACUUCCUCACUGGUACAAUUAAUCUCUUCCGUUCUCACUCCAUCUCUGCCACCAAGCUCUGGCAUACCACUGUGCUUCUCACCUAAGCCACCACUCCAUCUCUUCCAGUUCUGAGUUUCAAUCCAUGAAUUUAUCUCUUCUUUUACCCCCCAAAUGUUUUUAUACGGAAAUUAAUCAAAAUCCUAACUCUAAUUCCAAAUUGGUACCGAAUAAUUGAAGCCUUUUUCUUCAAUCUAAUAACAUCGAGACAAGCACUUCAAAAUGAAAUCUUCAUUGUUCAUUAGACACAAGAAGAUCAGAUGGCAUUAUUGUUUUAUCCCUUUUCUUCAAUCUAAUAGCAUCAGACCCACACCUCAUUUACCCUUUUCUUUAAUCAACAUUGUUUUAUCCUCUUCAAUUCAAUAGCAUCACACACAAGAGAAGAAAGUCCAGAAAUAAAAUAAAAAAAUCAGUCACAAAACCCCAACUUGCAAUCCCACAGCAAAUCCAUUAUUCUCCUUCCACUUCCGCACAACACAAGCAGCAUGGAUAUCAUCGACAUAAGACGAAAACCCCAACUUGCAAUGCCUUUUUCUUCAUCUGCCACAAAACCUUGCAAAAUUCAGAUCCAGCAAAAGGAUAAGGAAAGAAACGUUUUUCUUCCAGAUCCAGCAAGGGUGAACCCCAAAUCACCUUCAGCCUAGCAGACUCACAGUAAAGCAUCCUCCAACACCUUUGGGGCUUUGCCUGAAAGUCAAUCUCAAAGGUCUUCUUUGCCUGUACUCUGCCUAAAGCUAAAAAACAAUGGAGUCCCCAUGGAAGAACUGUUUACCAAAUGUGGAAAUGGAAGAUGGGGACUCAUUCAACAUCAACAAUGAAGAACAUUUAUUUCUUGAAGAGAUCCUGCAACAGUUUGCUUUGUCCUCUGAGACCGGAAGUCUAGCAAAUAACUUACUCAAUAGCACCGACGGUGGGUCGAAGGGAGUAGCCAUUGAUGAGUCCCAACCUGCCCCUGAAACUCAUGACGACCAAGCCGGCGGUCGGAGAGAGAGAAGGAAAGGUAAGAGCUCUUCGGGGCAUUUGGACCACGCUGUGGCCGAGAGAAAAAGAAGACUGGAACUGACCCAGGGAUUCAUAGCACUUUCUGCCUUGAUUCCGGGCUUGAAGAAGAUUGACAAGGUCUCAAUUCUUAAGGAAGCAACCACUUAUGUGAAACAACUCCAAAAUCGAGUAAAAGAGAUGGAAGAACAAAGUGCCAAGAAGAUAAUCGUAGAGUCAAUGUCGGUUCUCAAUGACGCCGGUUUCCACUAUGACCAAGGCAUUGUCCCUUACAACAUGAACUCUGAUAACCGCCACAAACUCAAUGAUGCAGCACUCCCUGAAGUUGAAGCAAGAGUGAUGGAAAAGCAAGUGCUCAUCCGAAUCCAUUGCGACGGAAACCAAGACAUUUUGCUCAAAACAUUGUCCCACGUUACUAGUCUUGAUCUCUCCAUUGUAAGCCACACAAUGUUACCAUUUCGGAAGAUUUCUCUUGACGUUACUAUUAUUGCUCAGAUGGGUGACAAUUACAAGAUAACUUUGAAGGAUCUAGUGAGAAGCUUGAGAAAAGUUCUUUUGGAGUCAACUGACAUGAAAUAGUUGCGACCCAUACAUGCGAGAGUGAUAAAUGAGUCAAUAUACACGAUUUAGUUUUAUUCAUGGAAAGUUUGAGAGUAGCAUAUAGCACAUGCGUAUAUCGUAUUUAAAUCUCAUACAUAUGUAUGAUUUCUAAGUUUUUUUUCUUCUUUCAUACAUAUAAACGAGUUCACAAAAUUGUUGUACUUGUCUCUCCCAAAAAGUGUUUUUCUU